AUGUCAAGCUCAUGCAUGUAUACAGGGAUGGAGCAUAAUUACUUUUCUUUUUCAGAUAUUCAACCCCAGCUUCCUACAGUUGACCAACAAACACCACAAACCGGAAACCCCCAGAUUAUGACGAAUGGCACAUCUGACCAAACAACUGAGUUUCAGCUGCAAAACGUUGAAUUGGAAGAAAUGGAAUUGAAUGUUAAAGAGGCAGAAAAUUUUAAUGAGCUCGUGAAAACCUACACAGAUGCAGAUGUGGAAUUUGAACAACAAAACAGGUACCUGUCAUCAUUUGGCCUGCAAAGAAAUCCAAUCACAGGUGAUGGUAAUUGUCUGUUCCGCUCAAUAAGUUUCUCCCUGUAUGGUCAUCAAGAUAAUCAUCAGGAGUUAAGAAAUUUGGCGGUCGAAACACUGAGAGGUAAUAUGCAUGUUUUUCAAAAUUAUUUUCUAGAUGAUGCAGGUACAAUAGAUGAACAAAUAAACCGUUUAGGCCAACAAUAUACAUAUGCAGGUCAAGAGUCAAUUUUAGCACUGUCCAUGGCUUUGAAUAUUAAUAUCUUGGUCACAUUUGGAGGAGAUGUACAUAAUCCUCAAAUAACUACCUAUGAAAAUACUUUUUCACAAGGUCAGCCUCAACAAACCGUCCAUAUUGCAUGGAGAAGAGCUGGUGGAGGUCAUUAUGAGUCUAUCACUGAGGUAGAUACAAGUAACCAGUUCUCUUCCUUUGUCCCUAGGUUAGAUCCAGUGUUGUUACCAGGUCAAGAUCAUAGCAAUACAAAACCAAAAGGUUCACAAUUUUCAAAGCCAAUCAAUAUGCAUAAUUAUAAAUCACUUAGUUCUCCUCCUUCAAUAUCUGCACUGCACUCUUAUGUUAAAUCUGAGGACAGUCCACUAAGUCACAGUCAAGGUUCAAAGAUGUGUCAUCAGUGCAAGGUCUCCUUUAAAAAAGUAGAGAAUUUAAAGAAACAUGUCAAAAGGUUUCAUUCUGGUCAGGGUCAAGCUCCAUCUGUUUGUUCUAAGCGUAAACUUCAAGCCUGUAUGAUUUCAACAUGUUCCAUGCAGUUUCAAACAGUAGAUCAACUUAUAGAACAUGCAAUAAAUGUUCAUGAUGCUAAUAUUAAAGUUGAACAUAUGACAUUUGACAAUUUAGCUCAGUUUUCAGAAUUCCGAAGCAAUGAAGAGCUGUCCUCUAACACUAGAUUCGUUCGGAGGUCAAGGCCACAGAAAAAUAAAAAGGGAAAUACGGUCUAUACUCUAGUCUGUCACAGGAAUGGGCCAGUCACUGCGCACAGGGCAAGAGGAACCAAACCAAAGACUUCUCGUAAAAACAAGAAGGGACACUGUCAAAUCAAUAGCCUUUGCCCAGCACGUUUUGCAGUAUGUGAAACAAGUGAUGGAAAGGUGGUGGUAAAGUAUAUCAAAUCCCAUACCCAUUCCUUGUCAUUUGAACAAAGUGGAAGCUCUACGUCAAGAGUCAUUCAACCCAGUCCUCCUAUACAAACAACAAGGCAUUGA